CAAGCCUGGAGCAGAUCUCCCGGGCUGAGUAAUUCUAGGCCCGGCCGGACGUUCAGCCCGAAACAUUGAGUCAGCCGAGCCAGGAUGCCCAGUGAAACUCUCUGGGAAAUUGCAAAAGCUGAAGUGGAAAAACAGAGACGUAAUGGAAGUGAAGGCGAUGGAGCUGAAACUGGAGAAAAAUCUGUUUUCUUCAUUGGCAGUAAAAAUGGGGGAAAGACUACUAUUAUUCUAAGGUGCCUUGACAGGGAUGAGCCACCAAAACCGACCUUAGCUUUGGAAUAUACGUAUGGAAGACGAGCAAAAGGGCACAACAUACCAAAAGAUAUUGCUCACUUUUGGGAACUAGGUGGUGGAACCUCUUUAUUGGACUUGAUCAGCAUCCCAAUCACAAGCGAGACCUUACGGACGUUUUCUAUUGUUCUUGUUUUGGAUCUUUCAAAGCCAAAUGACCUUUGGCCCACCAUGGAAAAUCUGUUACAAACCACAAAAAGUCAUGUGGAUAAAGUGAUCAUGAAACUGGGGAAGACCAAUCCCAAAGCAGCGUCUGAGAUGAGACAGAAGAUCUGGAGUAAUAUGCAGAAGGAUCACCCAGAUCGUGAGUUAAUUGAUCCAUUUCCAAUACCUCUGGUCAUAAUUGGCAGUAAAUAUGAUGUUUUCCAGGACUUUGAUUCUGAGAAGAGGAAAGUAAUAUGCAAGACACUUCGGUUUGUUGCACACUACUACGGAGCGUCACUAAUGUUCACCAGUAAGUCAGAAGCUCAAUUACUAAAAAUACGUGGCGUUAUCAACCAGCUGGCAUUUGGCAUUGACAAAGGCAAAUCAAUAUGUGUGGAUCAGAAUAAACCGCUGUUUAUCACAGCAGGAUUGGAUUCUUUAAGUCAAAUAGGAUCUCCGCCUGUUCCUGAUAAUGACAUUGGGAAGCUUCAUGCCCAUACCCCGAUGGAGUUGUGGAAAAAAGUAUAUGAAAAGCUCUUUCCACCAAAAAGUAUCAACACACUAAAAGAUGUCAAGGACCCUGCACGGGACCCCCAGUAUGCUGAAAGUGAAGUUGAUGAGAUGAGAAUUCAGAAGGAUCAGGAACUGGAGCAAUACAAAAGAAGCACUUCCAAGUCUUGGAAACAAAUUGACCUUGAUUCUUGAACCUGAUUCAACUAGAGAUAUUUAUGUUCCCUUUCCUAAAUACAAGGGGCUGGGGGGAUCAAGUUAAACACAGAAUCAAACCUGAGAGUCUGCUGGUUAAACAAUAUUCAAAGCAAUGCCAGUGAUGUGAUCCUGGACCAAGCUGAGUAGCAAGAUUCUAAACUCACGAGGUCUGCGAUUUUCAGCCAACAUGGUUUUACUCAAGAAUUUGCUCCUAGAUCAUCUAGCCUGAACCAACAGGCCUGUGAUUUACAUCACAUUCAGAGACUCGCAUGCUGCAGAGAAUCAGGAGGCCUCUUCGCAGUAGCAAGGCGCCAGUGGUCCUGCCACAGCCAGCUGAGAGCACCCACACUCCUGCUGACACUGAGGAAACCACCCUGCCACGGUCACUCGCCAGAGUAACACCUACUUCGCCAACCCGCACCAGGGGCUGGCAGCUCUUCCUCUGAGAGCUCCAACUAACCAAGCCCUCUUGAUCUCUCCUAUGUCACUUAAUUUACAAUGAUGAUUCAGAGCCUCCAUCACAGGUCUCAUGCUGGCUAAGGUUAGGAGCACAUGAAUCCCGUGGUCUGAGCACUGACAGUAUCUCAACUUCUCAAAGUUCUUUCUUUGAUGGGAUGAUGGGCUGGGCACCAAUAGAGCCACUGAAGCCUCAAGGAUGGGGAAGAUACACCUGUGACUCCAAGUAACAACAGUUUUAGAUUUAUAUCUCUUAAGAGCGCUAAGAAAUAAAAAGCAUUGUCUAAUUUUAUGGGGGUUGAAUGGGGAAUGGGAUCAAAAAUAGUGGGGGGAGGGAAGUGCACUGGACUAUG